AUGAACGGCGUAUUUCCCGCUGAUCUUGCGGUCUAUCUGCUCCUCGCUCCAGUGGUUGCUUAUAUUUUCGUCACUCACCGAUGGGCCGGUUUCCUUCCAUGGUACUACCUGUCCGUCUUCUGUCUCGCUCGAAUAGUCGGCGGCAUACUGGGUAUCUGUGACAGCGAGAGUCUAGCUGCCAACAUCAUUCAAAGUGUUGGUAUCUUACAAUUGAUUCUUGGCGUUGAUGGACUAGUACAUGAGGCGUAUGUUCAUACUGAGCUUGUCGAGUGGUUCAAACAGCUAAUCGAUAUACUUCUCCAAGGAGCGGUCGUCGCACUUCUAUUCAUCGGAAUCCGUGUCAUGUACAGCCUUGUUGCGGUCUGUACGCAACGCAGAGAUAUCAGUCCAGUCUAUGGGAAGACCGAUAUCCGAGUUACUCUCAUGUUUCUCCCGGAGGUCCUUGCGACUCUCGCAAUGAUUAUAGUGGGCCUUCGCACGAGGAAGCUAAGGGAGACCAAAUCUAUCGCUACCUACUCACAAACACCACAGAAUUGCUAA